ACCGAGUGGCCCGAGCCGCGUGCAGCACGACGCACGUCUCACACUGCGCUUACGCGUCGUUAGUCGCUACUCGCUACUUGCUGUGUGUUUAACAACUUACAUUAAACCUAUUCUAAUCUCGCCGUAUAAAUAACAUUACUAUCGUUUACGUGUGUAUAAUAAAGUGUUUUCUAACGCCUAGAAACAUAUUACUUAAAAAAAAAAAAGAUCAAAGAGGGAAGGGUGUCCGGAAUGCAUCAGACGCAUGAACCGAGAUCUAUUUCCGGGCGCAAACGUUAGCCGUGUUCGUACGCGUCGCUCAUUUUGAACUAAAACAUGCGCGAGCUCGGCCGUGGGGGAUCAUUCGUGGCGGCCACCAUAGCCGCGUUGCACAACCGGUCUGCGGUCGAAAAACACCAAGCCUUCAAUUCGCUUCCGGCCGUCGAGAAGAUAGCCAUCCCCGAGAGACGAUCGGAGGAUAACUUCUUCGAAGAGCUCUCCCGCCGGACAUCCGCCGCCAGCGAGCGUCCUCGGUCGACGGCCUCGGAGGCGUCGGGCCGCGACUCCGCGUCCGUUCAGUCCAGCGAGGAGGCACCCCCGCACGAAAGCGGCGACUCGGACAGCCCCGAUGAAGCCACAGUGAAAUGCAAAACAUGGACUGACGGAGCGGUGGCUCCGCAGCGCGCUAAUUCCUCCGAUACUGAGUCCAGCACCACCAGCGAUGACGAUUCUGAGGAGCACGAGUACGAGACUGGCUGUGGAGACGCCGACUAUCACACUUUAACACCAAACAGCCGCAGGGAUAACUCGACUCGCUGCGACCAUGAUUUCAAAUGGAUGCCAAGCGGAGAUAUAAUGGAAGAAGGGGCCGAAGCUGCGUCGUUAGGGACUCGUCCCGAUGAUUACAAUUCUGCCAGCUUGGACAGAAGACGCCGUAGGACAGGCAGUCGUAGUGAUCGCAGUGAUAGAGAUAGGAAGUCUAGGUCAUCGCUGAAUAGCAAACCGCCGCAGCACCCGAGCAGCGUGCGCGCCUCCCCGCGACCGCGACGUCCGAGAAACGAGGAAACUCCUCCAGACCUACAGCGGCGAUGGAACUCGUACGAGCACUUCCGGUGGCCGGAGGGCGGGUGGUAUCCGCCUAUGUGCUGGUGCCACGGGCCGCCCGCGCCGCCCCCCUGCUGCAUGCACGACCGCGCGUGGCCCUCACACCCCUCACUCCCGCCCAUGCCCACCUCGCGAUCUUAUAAGAAUGAUGCAGAGGAUAGAGUCAGGAGAUUGGAAGCUGACAAAGAGAGCUUGCAGUUACAAGUGCAGGUUCUGUCGGAACAGAUCGCAGCGCAGACGGAGAAGAUGGCGGAUUUGGAACGAUCCCUUAACGAGACACGACAGAAACUUGACGACACAGAGCAGAGGUUACAGAAGGAGAUGCUGUCACGAUCAUCAUUGGAAACACAAAAGCUAGAACUCCUUUCAAAGCUAAGUGAAGUCAGAUUACGAGUGGUAGAGCGAGGCGUUCUAGAACGUUCUCCGCCUCCCGACGCUGCGCCGCUACCACGACCAGCUCCGCCCAGGACACCGCCAGCUAACUACGGGCGUCAGAUCGAGCGCAACACGCACCUCUACUCAUCAUUACCUCGCUCCUCGGUGCUGACGUCAGAGGCUCGCGUCGCGUUCGGUAAACAGAACAACAUGGUGGUGGCGCGCGGCCGCGGACACUCGGUGCCCAAUCUAGCUGAAAAAGAAGAGGCGGUACCUCGAGGUAGUCCCUCGCCGUCUCUACGUGAGGUGCGCGCUCGUCUCGGCAGCGGGGGAGGGGGCGGAGGAGGGGGCGUGCGUCUGGAGGGGGACGAGUUCGCGAGGGGGGGACUGCGCGCCUCCGCCCCGCGCAGGGUAAAUACACUGCCAAGACAAACAAGAGAUAUACGCGAGUGGGACUGUGAGAUGACAUGCCAGUGGCUGGAGGGUAUGGGGCUGGAGUCUUACGUGAGUGCGGCGCGCGCGUGGCUCGGCGCAGCCCCCGACUCGCGCGGAGUACUCGCCAACGCAUCACAUGCUACCAUAGAGAAGGAGCUCGCCAUCAAACAUCCCAUGCACAAGAAGAAGAUUAUACUUGCCGUUACUGAUCUAAUGGGAGGUCAUGGAGACCCGUUGCUGAGCAAAGCUGGCUCGCUGGACACAGCUUGGGCGCUGCGCUGGCUGGAGGACGCGGGAGUGUGCGGUGCGCGGGGCGCUGCUGCGGAUGCUGCGCUGGAUGGCCGCCUGCUGCAUCGUCUCACUCACAACGAGCUGCACACACAUCUGCGUGUCACACAUGCACUGCACGCUCUCUCUAUACGACGAGGUAUCCAAGUGUUGCGGGAGAACGAAUUCAACCCGGAGACUAUGGUGAGGCGUGCGGCGGAGGGCGAAGCGCCCGCAGUGGAGGGCGAAGCACCCUCUGAGCGCGCGCCCGCAGACCUCGCGCGGUGGUCCUCACACCGCGUCAUGCAGUGGCUCAAAGAGAUAGACCUCGCGGAGUACGCACCUAACCUUCGGGGAGCAGGUGUACAUGGAGGUUUGAUGUUGUUGGAGCCAAGAUUCACAGCGGAACUUUUGGCCGCGCUGCUCAACAUCCCCGCCAACAAGACGCUGCUGCGCCGACAUCUCACACAAAGGUUUAACGAUUUACUCGGUCGAGAAGUGAUACAACAGAAACGCAACGCGGAACAAACACUAGGCUAUCAGCCGCUCACAGCAACUACCAAAUAUAAGGUACCAAAGAAGAGCCAGUUCUCGUUGAAGCGCAAGAAGAGCCGCGAGGAGUUGGAGCUGUGCGAGCUGGUCUGUCCGCUGCGGGAAGACGCAUCAGGUGACACCGCCUCGCCCAUGAUGAGAGCAAAGUCAGUAGCAGUCGUAGAGUCGGGUGUCUGUCCCCCGCGUGAUGAGAGUCGCGCACAAUAACGUCUGCGACCAGUCUCGCUCAGCGCUCUCGCCGGCGAGACUGUGCUGUGACUCCGCACCGCACACAUCACACCACAGGUAACGCCCAUUUGCAGCUACACUUUAACUGUUCCCACUCAGAGUCAAGCACUAAAGGAGCUCCUCGGUAUAUAUGUCUCAUGGUAAAUUUGUGAGGCAGUUAAUUGUGUAUCCGAACAGUGUCAGUUAUUGAGUUAAAAAGUGUUGGACGUGAAUCCGAACUUUUUUGACAGUUAACGAAAAUUAAUCCGUGUUGGAUGUGUAUCCGAACUGUCAUUGAAAUGUUAUACACGUAUCGAACGAGUAUCCGAAUGUUUGUCACAAAAUUAACGUGUUAUUUGAGAACUUUAAAUAAAGCUAUAGUGUGUUUUAAAUUUCAAACGAUUUUACUGCAUCGUUAUUGAUUUGUAUUUAAACUAAAUAAAUACAC